AUCUCCACUCCACUCCCGCAUACGCCUGCCCGCCAUGCCGCCCGCACAACCACGCAAGCCCGACGUCUCCGCGGCAGCUAAAGAGCGCAACGAGUACAUCCCGUCCUUCAUCUCCAAAAAGCCUUUCUAUGCCGUCGACGAGAACGGCGAAGACGGCGACUACCUCGAGCAUCAGCGCCUUCAAAAGCAAGAGCAGGACUCAAAAUGGUACGACCGCGGCAAGAAGAUUGGGCCCGCUGCCACAAAGUAUCGCAAGGGCGCAUGCGAGAACUGCGGCGCAAUGACUCACAAGAAGAAAGACUGCUUGAGCCGUCCACGCAAGACCGGCGCAAAGUUCACAGGCAAGAACAUCGAGGCCGACGAGGCGGUCGAGGACGUCCAGCUGGGGUGGGACGCGAAGCGCGAUCGCUGGAACGGCUACGACGCCGCCAACUUCACUGAGGUCAUCGAAGAAUACAACGAGCUGGAAGAGAUGCGCAAAAAGGCGAAAGAGGCCGCCAAGGGCGACCAAAAGUCCGGAGAUGAAGAAGAAGACGAGGGUGACAGAUACGAUGCGGAAACCGACAUGGGGAGGAAACAAGCCACUUCGACUCGGAAUCUGCGUUUGCGAGAGGACACAGCCAAGUACUUACUGAAUCUGGAUCUGGACUCAGCUAAAUACGACCCGAAAACACGAUCCAUGGUAGACACAGGCGCGACGGCGGACAACGCUGCAGCACUGGUGGCAGAAGAGGGUUUCAUGAAGGCAUCAGGCGAUGCGGCUGAAUUUGAGCGGGCACAACGGUACGCGUGGGAGACACAGGAGCGGGGCGACAGGAACAAGGUCCAUCUGCAGGCAAAUCCUACAUCUGGUGAACUGAUGCGGAAGAAAGAACUACAAGAGGCCGAAGAGACUAAAGCCGCAAAGCAAAAGGCACUGAUGGACAAAUACGGAGGCCAGGACAAGUUCAACGAUGACACUCUUCGCCGAGUCGGCGUCACCGAAAAUGAGAGAUAUGUCGAAUAUGACGAGCGGGGUCGCAUCAAGGGUGCACCAAAGGUCAAAGCCAAAUCAAAGUACCCUGAGGAUGUGCUCAUCCACAACCACACUUCUGUCUGGGGUAGUUGGUGGGCAAGCUUCCAGUGGGGAUACGCAUGUUGUCAUUCGACGGUCAAGAACUCGUACUGUACAGGCUCUGCAGGCAAGGAAGCAUUUGAGGCUGCCGAGCGCAUGCGACUUGGCGCGGACGCGCCGGACGUGGACGAGAUUCCCAAGGCGAUAGCACAGAUCGAAGAUGCAGCUUUGAAGAAACACGUGCCCAAUACUGCUGAAAAAGACGAUAAGGCAACACGGGACGACAAGCGGAAGAGAACACUGGAAGAAAUGAGGGAUGGUGUCACGGAGGCAGAGAUGGAGGAAUACCGACGCAAGAGGCAGAUGGCUGCGGAUCCUAUGGCGAAUUUUCUUGCCAGCAAGGAGGCUAUCUAGGCUUCCAUUUUUUUUUUCCUUCAGCGAUAUUGACCAUAACCACAUUUCUUGUAAGCAUUGCGUGGCGUUCCAGGACCAUAGUUCGUUUAGUCAGCAUUUACAUUUGGAGUAGAAACUUCAAGUACGAUUUGCCCAUGUAUUGCCGACACUGGGGCGACACAUUGUAGUCAAAGGCCUCUUUUAGCGCUACAGUCAUCCAACGACAGUAUGUAGAAUGACAUCAAAGUUGAU